AUGCUAUUUGUUAGCCUUGCUUUAAUUUUUCUGUUAGCAAAAUGCUCCAAAAGUGAUUGCGCCGGUGGCCCGGAUGACUUUUGUGAUCCAGUUUCACCAUUGCCUGAUCACCGAUGGGGAACAAUCAAGGGAUCAACGGAUCGAUCCCGUGACUCAAUCAAUGAGAAGAUGGCCGGAUUAGGGAGAAUUACGUCGGGCGAUAAAAACCCUGAUGUCGAUCAACCAUUGGCAAUGGCGGCCGGUAUGGAAAAGAUAAAGGAAAAUGGAGUUUUGGAUGUGCCGAAAUUGGACCUUGACGGCAAAAAGGAGAAACCUGAAAAUGAAAGCCCGCCAAGCAAAGUUGCAAGGAUCAACAACAACAGAACCUCAGCCUCCUAUAGUCCUGGAUCUUCUCAUGACGGUUCACCAACAAGUGGCGCAGUUAUUUUGGGCAUCAACACCGACAAGCCAAGUGCUUCUAGUGGUUCGGUUAUAGGUGAAGAAGUCGUGCAAACCCCGCCCCCAUCGCCAACUCAAAAGGAUCAAGUAGCUAAACCAAGUUUGUUUUCAUUGGCACAAGUCACCUCAAAGUUGGGCGAUUUGUGGACAUCUGCAAGGGAACAAAUUUUUGGUGAAGACUAUUGGAUUCCAUCGGAUCCACAUGAAGUUGUCGCCUUUCCAUCAGAGCUCUUGCUGGCGCAUAAGAUCAUCUUUCCCCAAGAUGAGGAUUCAAUGCUGCGAAUUGUGAAGGGAAGUCUGAAGAACGAUCCAAGCACACCAAUCUUUCACGUGGUCUUUCAGAAAGAAAAGCACAAAUUUGCCUAUAGUUUAUUUCGUUGCAAAGGAGAAAGCUCACAAGAUGACGCGUUUGAUUUGUGCAGGCGGUGUCUUGAGUGUCAAAUGUUAUUCUCAAUCAUAGAUGACAAAGAUCCUCGAGCGACAAUGAGAGAAGUGAUCAACAAACUACGAGAGAAUCCCUUGUGGAGAAUGAUUCACGUGGCUAUUGCUUGUAAUCGAGAAGAUAUUUUCACAGAGGAAAACAUCGACUUUUUGAAUAAAAAUGGAGUACCAUUCGAAAAACAAAUGCUUCAAGUUCUGCAAAACGAUGGAAAAUAUCCUUUGCUGAUGGCGGUUUCGAUGAAUCGAUUGGGAAUAGUGAAACGGAUGUUGCAACUUGGAGCCGAUCCGACUGUUCGUGAUGUGAACUUGAACAAUGUGUUGCACAUUGCUGCCUUGACAGGAGCUCCAAUGUUAGAGCUUCUCUGGGAAUUCGAUCCAGUGCAUGGGCUUCUCAACAAUAUCAACCAAGAUGGAUGCACUCCUGUCACUUUAGCGAUUAGGAAUGUGAAUCCCAGAUGUGUCACUUCACUCCGCCGUUUUGGGGCUGAUUUCACAAUAGCCGCUGCUGGAAGAAAUGCUCUAUUUGAAGCAAUGAUGAACAAAGGAAAGGAUAGUGUGAUCAUCCGGACAAUUCUCGAGUCUUCGCCAAGUCUCUUGAAUGAAGUUGAUUCGUCGGGCAACACGGCACUUCACAUUGCUAUGUACAAAACGCCUUUGAUGUCCUUAUUGCUGCUAAAAAGUGCCGAGCUGGAUCUCAACAAGAAAAACAAUGCUGGCCAAACGCCACUCCACUUGUACACAUAUCGGGGUGACAUUGGAUUGAUGAUAACUUUGGCUUCAUAUUGUUGUGAUAUCAACGCCCAAGAUGCCACUGGAAAUACUCCACUUCAUAUUGCUGUCAGCAAGAAAAACCUCGAAGCAACGCGACUGCUACUUUGUCUUGGAGCUGAUCCAAACAUCCGAAACAACCACGACGAUUCACCUCGACAUUUGGCGGCUCGUUUGAGACAAGCUGACGUUCUGAAAGCACUCAUCCUAUGCGGCGCAGAGAGGUGUGGGGCAAAAAAGACCGGCUGUGUGAGUGGAUGCGUGAUCGAAAAGAUGGCUCCAUUGCUGAGAUCAAACACCGAUGAUUUCGCCUCCCCAAGACCUGGCCAGUUGACUGAUCAACCAAACCCAUUAAAUUAUGCGGCACCCCUUGAAGAGCAUCGAAUAAAAGAUCAUAUGCAGAAGAUAUUCUACGAUAAGCUGUGCACUCAUCUUCAAAAUUUGAUUGAUCGAGGAGAACGGCCGAGGAAUAUGGUUAACUUGUUAUCUCUGGACGGUGGAGGAAUUAGAGGAUUGGUCAUCAUACAGACACUAAUGGCUCUUGAAGAGGUGAUGGGCGAAUCGGUGUAUCCAUAUUUUGAUUGGGUUGCCGGGACUUCAACAGGAGCUCUAGUUGCCACAGCACUUGCGCAAGGAAAGUCUCUUCGAGAUUGUCAGCACAUCUACCUGCGAUUUAAAGAUUUGGUGUUUGAUGGAUGGACACGACCCUACAAUUCGGCUCUUCUCGAACAGUUCAUGAAAGAACAAAUCGGAGAAGGAAAUAUGGCUGAUCUCAAGGAUCCAAGGAUAAUGAUCUCAACAGUGAAAGCCGAUUUCUUUCCUGUGAAGGUUGAAUUCAUGCGAAACUAUCGAUUGCCGAUCUCAGACAAAGAGAACCUGGAAUUGGGAUUUGAAGAACCAUCAGCUUUAGAUAUUCCAACUUGGAAGGCUCUUCGACGGACAUCAGCCGCUCCUAUGUUUUUCUCACCUGUUGAUGACAAAUAUAUUGAUGGAGGCAUCAUUUCCAACAACCCAGCAUUGGAUUUAUUAGCCGAAGUUCAACUUUACAAUGGCACAAAUGUUUAUUUGAAUCGACCCCACGAUAAAGUUGAGAUCGGUUGUAUGCUUUCAUUGGGAACAGGACAAAUACCUUUGAGCCCGCUCGAUCCACUACAUGUAGAAAUCACAAAUCCCCUAUCGUCCACAUUUGCUUUGAAGAAUCUGGGGUUGAUUCUAGUUGAUCAGGUAACCGCGACAGAAGGAGCUCCAGUCGACCGUUCUCGUUCUUGGUGUUCUUCAAUUGGCGUUCCAUUCUUCCGACUCUCAGCUCCAUUGCACAAAGAUAUUUCCCUUGGUUGUAAAGAUGAUCACGAUAUUGCGCAUAUGAUGUGGGAUUGUGUUGAGUACACUUAUCAACAAAGGCCAUACUUGGAGAGGAUGUGUAAAAUGUUGAAGCUAUUAGGAAGACGCGACGCUCGAGGGGUUCAAUUCAACAAUGGUCGCACGCAUAACAUUCAGACACAAACCUCUAACCCUUCUACGCCAUCUGGAUCUAUU